ACAAUAAAAUUGCACAACAGCCUGAUGAGGAACACGCCAACUUGUUAAGAGCGUAUUUCCCUUCCACUCGCCCACGCCUAGGACUCGAGAGCUUGUGCGACGUUUUAGUGGUAAUUACAAGGGUGCUCUUGCACAUAGCACUCCACGCUUACCUGGCCACCCCCGCUUGCUUGCUGAAGCGGGAUCGGCAAGCCCUUUGCCAGCGCUGUUAUCAUCGUAUCUUUCUUGCCUUCAAGCUUGUUUGAGGGCCGUGAAGUUUGCCUCAGUCGGGUUUGGACGUGGUCGACACGCCGCAGGGGCACAGACAGCGCCCGGUGCUCUGGGUCCUGGUGGGCCCGCCGGCCGGCCCGCACCAUCCACCUUCGCCCUCAAGGCGGGUGACAGGGGGACUACAGCUCCGUGCCGCGGCGGCGGCAGCGGCGGCGUCUCCGCGCUGCUGCCACCGCCCUGUGACCCCGGCAGCACCUCCAAACACGCAAACACGCAAGCAGCGCCAGCCCACGCCUAAAGGCGAACACCCCACCGCGCCUCGUGGGCCUCGGGGUCAGCUAAUCAGCUAGCGGGGCAGCAAGCGAGCAGGCACACAAACACGGAGCUGGAUGAGCUUCGCGGGCGGAGCCGGCGGCAGCGGGCCGCUGAGUGGCGGCUAUGCGCCGGUCACCUAUCAGCGCCUGAUGCGGCUGGCUGCCCGCGCCUUCUACAGCGGCCCCUGCCCGCCGCCCGGCCGCGACCUGGAGCCCUUCAGCAACAAGUCCAAAAUAGCCAAGAUGGACACGCGCGGCCUGGGUGUGGUGCUGCUGGACUACCUGACCACGGUGGAGUGGACCUCCUUCGAGCUGCUCAGCGAGGCGCUCAAGCUGCACCCAGUCAUGCUCAGCCGCGCACUCAGGUUCCUGGAGCAGGGCCACAUGCUGCGGCGCUAUGAGCGGCGGGAGAGCCGGCGCAAGAAGCGCAACCUGGUCGGGGAGGCGCUGGAGGCUGACGUGGCGGCUCCGGCCCAGGACUCGGACGACUCGGAGGACGAGGAGGGAGCCAAGAAGAAGGGCUUGCUCACCGAGUACUUCACACUGGACUACGCGCGGGCCUUUGACGCGCUGCAGAUCCGUAUCGCCACCAUGCGCGCCUCCCUCAAGGAGCAGCUGGAGUCCUCCAACGCCAUACAGUCCUACCGCUGCCCGGGCGCGCACUGCGGCAAGGCCUACACGAGCCUGGACGCAGCCACCCUGGUGGACCCGGCUGACGGACUGUUCAAGUGCGAGAUCUGCGGCAGUGAGCUUCAGGAGCAGAGGGCCACCAACGACGCCGCGGCGGGCGGCAGCGGCGCGGCGCAACACGCCACGGCAAAGGAGAGCAAAGAGGCCGCCCGCCGCGUGCUGCAGGCGCUGGAGCGCGAGCUGGCGCCCCUCACCCGCCUCAUGGCAGACAUACAGGCCCGGGCGGUGCCGCUGCCCGACCCCGGCGAGCUGUUCGAGUGGGCGCAGCGCGUGCGGCAGCGGGAGGCGGAGCUGGAGGCGGCGGCGGCCAAGGCGGGAGGCGGCGGGGGCGGCGGCGGCGGCGGCCGGGGCGGCGGCGGCGGCGGCGCCUCCAACCCGGCGGCGAUGCUGGCGGGCAGCGGCGUCACGGUGCUGAACGCCGCCGACAACACCAACACCUGGGAGUCGCAGGACUUCAAGGUGUCAUUGGCAGACGGCGCCAGUGGCGGGGGCCUGCUCACGGGGGGACUACUCACGGGAGGGCCGGGCGGCGGCGCGGCGGCGGCGGGCGGCGGGGCCGCCAGCGGCGGCGGCGGUGGCGGGCGCAAGCCGCCGACCAUCAUGCCAUGGUUUAUGAAGGGCGGGGCGGGCAAGGACGGGGAGCAGGGGGAGGGGGACGGAGUGAAGACGGAGCCAGGCGCCGGCGGCGGAGACAAGGGCAAACAGCAGCAACAGGCCGAGUACUUCAAGAAGUUCAUGGCGGACAUGAGCCGGCUGCAGCAGGAGAAGAAGACACAGCAGCCGGCGGGGGCGGCGGGGGCGGCGUUUGGCGGCGCCGCCGCCGCCAUGCCCUGGCUUGCGGGCUCCUCCCCCGGUGCUGGUGCUGGUGCUGCUGCUGCUACAGCCGCUACAGCCGCCACGGCGCCCUUCGCGGGCUUUGGCGGGGUCAAGCUGGAGGCGCAGCCGGCUGCGGGUGCGGCUGUAGCAGCGGGCGGUGUGGUGGUGAAGACGGAGCCGGGGCUGGCGGCGGCGGCACCGGUGCCGGCACUACAGCCGGGGGUGCAGCCGGAGGCGGAGGCGGAGGUGGAGUGGGAGGAUGCGCCGGCGCCGGUCAAGUUCGAGGGGCUCACGCCAGACCCGGUGGCCCCGGGCGGCAGUGCGGCCGCGCCCAUGGACGUGGACGCGGGAGACGUGGAGUGGGAGGACGUGUGAGCGGCGCAUGCAGUGGCAGGUGGCGGGGAGGAGCGGCCGUGUAACGGUCACUGCAUGCCUUACGCCUCAGGGCUGGGGCGCUGGGGCUGACACGCAGCGGGCGCGGGGCCACGUCAUGAACACACACCGCUCCUUGGUGUCACAUGGCGCAGCGUGUGCGGCUGCAUGCAUCCACCAUGGUGCCACACAGCAUCGACGUGAUUGAGAAAGCGCAACACAAGCGAACAUGACGUUGUAGAGCAUAGCAGGUGCACGCAGCUGCUUCGAUCCACCUCGGCAAGUUGCCCUCAUCAGCCUAGGUAGCUACAGCCCCACCAGCGGACGGAGCCGCUCCCCUGGCCCCAUCACCCGGGACGCCAAUCAACAGCUAGCACCAGCAUUCACAACACCCCUUUUGACAUUGAGUUGUCGACACCAGGGCGCGGGGCUUUCAAUCCUUUCAUGCUUGAUAUGGAGCGUGCGGGGCUAGCUAUAGGGGGAGGAGUUGCUGGCCGUUACAUUGAGAUGCGUAGAUGCGAAUGCGAAUGCAGGCUGCAGCCGUUUGUUGCCGGCACCGGUCGAUGAUGUCCGCAGCCGCCGGGCAAGUUGAAGAUGUGCACCGUACAUGUGACAAGCAUGCUAGCUGGAAAAGCACAUACAUGGCCUUGGGGUUGCCGCAGCAGAUGUAGAAGGGUUCUUGGCGGCUGCCUUGGUGAGUGGUGACCAGGGGAGGGAGCGCCUUGGGAGGGGUCCGAACACGAUUUGGCCGGGUCCCAUGCAGCGCAACCCUCUGGAUCCAGGCCGAGUUGCACACCCCCCUCCCCUGGUGGUGACCUUGGCGAUGGCGCGCUUCAGGACCUAGAUCUAAGUCUU